AUGCGUAAUUCUUCAUAUAAGUUUGAAUUGGUUUGAAGAACCCGUAUUCAUACUGAUAAAGCACUUCAUAUAAAAAAUGAUGAUGGCUUAUCAUGCCGCUUGGUGAGCCACUUGUUUAAAAGAAACUGAAACAGUGGGAACAUCACCAUGGUAAAUAGAAAAAACAGUGGCAACAUCAUCAUCUAACUGGCGAAUGUCGAGUGAAAUAAAUUUUUACGAUUUUCACGACGGAACAAAUUAAUUUAAUAGAGAAAAAAAGUGCAGCUUCAAAAAAAAAUUAUUUGAACAAAUAGAACGCAUUAAAAAGUUAAUGAAAAUUGAUUAGACAAAGUUUUCUGCAAAUCUAAAACUGUAAUAAACAAGAAAUUAAAACCGCAUACCACACACACAGCAUAGGAAAAAAUUCAACGAGAAAAAAAUUGCAAAAAGAAAAAAAGUAGAAAAAGAAGUAUAAACGAACACACAAGUUUUGGAUCAACCAUAAAAAAGAAGUCAGUGACAGCACAAAGGCAAAUACAACAAAAAACAUAGACCGCUGUCGCAGCAUAGACAGCAGCUGAGCAGAGCAGAACUAUACAUAACAACGAGUAAACACGAGUGGCGAGUAGCAAUUUUUUCCUUUUUCUCUUAUUGCUCUUCGUACGACUUUUUGUGAUUAUUUUAUUUUUUAUUUUUUUUGUGUGAAAACCUCUAUAUUACACGAUACGGUAUCGAAAGAAAAAUACAAAAAAAAAGGCCAAUGUGGUUAUCAACCUGUUUAUAUAGUGACUGUUUACAAGAUUUGAGAAUAUAAAAAAUAAUUUAUAUGAAAAAUUUUAAAUAUCAAACCAACUUUUUAGGUUGGUUUUUAAUGUGAAAAAGAAGAAAAAAAAAUACCAAAAAACAAACGGGGCUGAAUUGAAAGUAACAGAAAGAAGUAAGAAGUACACGUAACGCCUCCGCCGUUGUCACUUUGACGCCAACGGUCAUUUGCAACAUAAGGCGUAAUAGUGCGUCACAGUGAUGCGGCAUUGGUCAAAACAAACCAAAUCCAAGCCCAGGAAUAUAAUAAAAACCAACGCCACUACUAAACAUUUAUUAAACAAUUGUAUUCGUCGUUUCAUUCGUGCAAAAAAAGUUACCAUUUGUCGUUGAAUUCUUUUAUUGUUGUAAUUUGCUUUUUUUUUGUUUUUUUUGCAAAACCUUAACACCCGGUUGCAGUGUUGUGUCCAACUAUAGCAAUGAUUAGCAAAAGCGAUGUGAUAAUGUGGUUUAAAGCCCUAGAGAGCUAUAAGAGAAUCGACACCAUGUGUACUCUACUAAAUAUGUGUCUACCCUUUGAGUUGCGCUUCCUGGGCACGUGUCUGGAAGAGUUGGGACGUCGCGACUCACAGGAAUUGCGUGGCAUGGAACUGAGAGCUAACAAUCCGCAAGAUCUGGCUACUGACAUGAUUGCGUGCCAGAAAGGUGAACCAACAGAUAUUAAGGUGCGGCGAAAAAUGGCCUUGUAUUUGGCUUUAAUACGAGCUUGUAAUCGUACCAAUGUUACGGAAAUAUUCCGUACGCUUGAAUCAUGGGGUGAACUUGAUUUCUCCACCAUGACUGACAUUGACACUUUAAAGGAACUGCUGCUUGUUUAUACUAUGGCUGCCAAUCAUCCGGUUUUCGAAUUUGAGCAACAUUUAAAGUUUAUGAAAAUUUUCGAAAAAAUUAAAGAGAAUAAACUGGUGGCAGAUAGUCCUUCGACAACGGCCUCACCGCCGCCACAUUCACAUACUUCGACACAUCAGAGUGGUCAUUUGGAACAGACGCUGCAUAUGACUCAACAACAGAUGCAACAACAUGUUGCACCACCGUCCCAACAGGAUUUUAUCCAACAACAUGCUCUGCAUGCUGCCAUGCAUCCCAGUGGCCAACAUCAUCAAUUGUUGGCUCCAACAUCAAUGCAAAUGUUUCCACAGGGUACCAUACCCUUAAACUAUCCACAGAGUCAUUUGGCAAAGUUAAUACCUACUGCUGAUGGGCAAUCCUUACAACAUCAAAUAACAACUGUCGAUGGAAUACCACAUAUGAUUUCCUCAAACAUCACCAUUCCAGAUACCAGCAAUGCCGCCGCCGCCAUACUAACACAUCCCAAUGCUGCCUCGUGGGCAAUGCGUCAAUAUCAUCAGCCACCACCACAAACAGCAGGCAAUCAACAACAGAUGAUGGAUCAUCCACCACAGGCCUCAUCGCCGAUGUUAAGUCAACAAUCGUCACCGGCUAGUAGUAGGGCAACAAGUCCAAAUCGUACAUCAUCAUGUGACAGUGGAAUGCAGACAACACAGCAGCAGCAACAGAAUAAUACACAAGUUCGUAAUAUGCAAAGAAUUGGACAGACAUCGUUAAAGAAUAUAAGACGUCCAUCGGCUGAAACAACGCCACCACCACCCAUGAUGGCCAAUGAGUUGAUAAUGCCACAGAAUAUGAAACAAAUACAAGAGGUGGUUAUGAAUAACGAUGGCAGUGGAAAUCAAUUACAAAAUUUAAUACGCAAUGGCUAUACAAGAUCUGGUAAUCAUCCACGGAUAAAGUCCGGUACCUAUAUACCACCACAUCAACAGCAGCAGCAGCAACAACAACAGCAGUCGCCAGUUAAUCAACAACAUUAUCAAGGUUCAUUUGCCGUUAACACCGGCCUCUCAUAUGCCAUGCAAAAUAUGUCAAUGUCAUCAUCCGAUAUGUCUUCAUCUGGACACCAUAGUAUGGAUGGUAGUGGAGGUACUAUGAUGAGCAUGAAUUCUAAUAAAAGUACUGGCAGUGAUUCAGGUUCAUCGAUUGGCUCUUCUGGGGAAAUAUCACCACCCGAAACUCCCACUCUAAUGAUGAAUAAUAUGACAAAUUCCGCUAUGAGAAUGUCGGCCAGCAGUGGUGAUAUCCAACAAACACAACAGCAACAGCAGCCAACACAAAAACAUCACCAGCCUUCCCAACUGAGCUAUAACAAGCAAUUGGGUCUAACCCGUUUGAAUGGCCGUUCCGAUAAAUUGUUGUCUUCAAAUGCGGCCGGAGGAGGCGGUGGUAACAAUGUAAUGACCACUAGCACGCUUAUUUAUGCUCAGCCCCAGCAGCAGCAACAACAGCAACAGCAGCCAUCAAAUCAACAAGCCAUUUAUGCUAAUGAAAUGUUAAUGGGCGGCGGUGGCUCCACAAAUGUCAUGCAAACCUCUUUGACCAACAAUAACGCAGCUGGCAGUCCAGCCAAUGUGGUCUCGAGCAAUAAUAACAUGGUGGGCAACAAUACCGUACUCAUAAGUUCCCCCAGUGCUGGCGGUGCUACAUUGGGAAAUGUCAUUUCAACAAACUCGGUGAUACUACAACCUCACCAGCAACAAUACAAUGCCAAUCCUUAUCAUGCCGCCGCAGCGGCUGCUGCUGCUCAACAUUUAGCCGCCACCUCAGCCAGACCACCCCUAAUGACACAUAAUCCCGGAAUGGCUCCACCACCACACAACACUUUCCGCCUGCCGGGUUUUCAGUUGCCGCCCAAUGGUGGUGAGCUCUUGUAUCCAGCUUAUCAUCCGGCCGGCGGCAUAACAUUUCUAUCGGGUGCAGCACCGCCCGGAGCUCCCCCCGUAGCGCUGAGAACCACCAACAGUGGAGCAGCUGUUGUUAGUACACAGGCGGUAAGUCAACCGCCAACACCCCAACAAGUACCACCGCCACCACAGCAACUGCAGCAAAGCACACCGGCAGCGACAGUCAUUGCUUCUCCCUACACAUCGCUAACGACGGUGGGUUUGGCUAACAAACCGCUGUCCUGCUACAAUUGUGGCUCGCAAACUCACAGUGGCCGUGAAUGUCAGGAGGCCUCUAUGGAGGAUGUAACACGUAGCGCCAUUUACAAAUUAGACUAUUCACAAGCGGCCACGGGAGCGGGCGCGGGGACACCAACAGCUGCCACUACACCUGCCAAUCAACAACAACAGCCACCACAACAGCAACUAGCUGGCAACAAUAGUGCGUCUGACUCAACGAUAACCAACGCACACAGCCAACAACAGAAAACACACGACAGCAGUGCUGUACAAUCAAUUUCAGCGGUAACAGCCUCAGCAGUUGUGGCGUCAUCGUCAGCGACGUCCAUGGCUGCUACAGCGACAGCGGGCGCAAAAUGAAGCAUAAAACGAGAAUAGUAGUGAGUUUCAUUCAUUU